GGGGGCUGCCUGAGACCCCUGUGCAGGUAAAAGGCUUGGGGUCGGGAGGGCUGGGAGCAGCUUUGGGGGGAGAUAGGCUUGAGAUGGGGCCACGAGUCCCUCCCUGUGGGGACAGAGAGCGGAUUGGGAUGGUCUCGAUCCACCCAUUUCCCCGAGCAGCUGCCCCGCCUCCGCAGCGGGGGACCCCAGAAACACUCCAGCCAGGCACCUCCUUCCUGUCAGCCACAAACCACGGACUCCUUGCCGCUUUCCAUGGCUGCACAGGGAGCCAGGGGCUGCCCCAGCCCUCAGGACCCCUGGUCUGCCCUGGGAGAGCCCCAGGCCAGCCCAGUCCUGGGCUUAUUUUGCUUUGCAAUUAACCAGGAGAGGAGGCUGGAUGGGGCUGGGAGAGCAUUGGCUCCCCCUGGGCUCUGCCCUUGGCAGGGGCUCCUGAGCCCAGACACCACGAGGGGCUCCUGCACGUUAUGGCCCCACCCAGACAAAGCUGGGACCCGGAGGGGUGUCAGGGUGGCUGGUGGAGCAAGGUUGGAGUGGGGUCUGACCCCAACCAUGCGGCUCCUCUGGCCAACAGGAAUUUUGCCCGUGGAUCCUGUCGAUGGGGCCAGAGCUGCCGCUUCUUACAUGACAGAAACUCAGCUCAGAUCUGCAGGUACUUCCAGAGUGGGUCUUGCAGCUACGGAGAGCAGUGCAGCUACCAGCACAUCCAGGAGGAGCUGGUGCCGUCCCGCCAUGGCCUGGAUCCCUCCAUGCCCCCCUGCCGCUGGGGCCCGGAGCCUGGCACUGUGCCCAUGGCCACGGCCCAGGGCUGGGUGGGACCCCAGCGCACCUCAGACUACCCUGCCCCCAGCACGACACAUGUGGCCUUCAAGUCCCCAAACAUGGAGGUUGAGGUGGAAGAGAAAGACAAGAAGAACGUCGCAGCACCUGGUAACAUCAGUGGAGAAUUUGUCCCCGCACAUGCUCAGCGUGCCUCAGGCUCCCAGCUACAAGGGCUGGCACUGGAUGCAGACUCCUCUGACCCCAGAGAGACAGUGGUGGAGAUGGUGACGGGGACUGACCCUGCAGAGGUCUCUAUGGAUCUGGGUGCUGCGGCAGCCCCAGUCCCCACCGAGGCACUGAGAGCCCAGAGUGAGGCCGUGGUGUGUGGCAUCUGCAUGGACAGGGUGUACGAGAAGCCGCUGGCGGAAGAGCGGCUCUUUGGGAUCCUCCCGAACUGCAGCCACGCGUACUGCCUGGGAUGCAUCCGCAAGUGGCGUCGCAGCCGGGACUUCCAGAGCACGGUCAUAAAGGCCUGCCCAGAGUGCCGGAUCACUUCCAGUUACUAUAUUCCCCACAAAUACUGGAUCUCGGAUGUGGGUGAGAAGGAGAAGCUCAUCAGAACCUUCAAGGCGCGGACGGGGAAAAUCAGGUGUAAAUUCUUUGUUCGGAACCAUGGCCACUGCCCGUUCAGGUCCGACUGCAUCUACCUGCACGAGCUGCCCACCAGCCGGCUGCCACGGCACAGACAGCAGCGGCUGAGGAUGCCCACUGAGUUCAACCCUUCUUCCUCGGAGAGCUCUGGCGAGGAGGAUGAGGAGCUCUGCAUGCUCGACUGGGCUCUCACCCUGACUGUGCUGGAGACGGAAUUUCACUACUCAAGUUAUGGCCACGAGAUGCUUCUCAUUGACUUCAGCAACUCUGACUGAGCCCUUGGGGGUGACACUGGGCCCAGGUGAUGCUGGUGGCAUCUCUGGAAGGGGGAAUCAUCUGCUUUUGACUUCCACCAUUGUUUUGGAGUGGCUCUGGGGAUAGGCGGUGUGGCAGGGAUGGGGUGGGAUGGGGAAGCGGUCUGGCUGCCAUUUAUCGGGACGCCGGGAGUGACUCAGGGCGGUGGGGCACAGUCCCCCUGCUCUUGCCCUCGCCCCCUCAAUGGGAGACCCGCGGGUGCCGGGCGCGGGGCUGG